GUAGGAAAACACCAGACAAAAGAUGAAUUAUUAAGUAAAUCAAUAAUUUGAGUAUAAUUACAACGAAACUUAGAGCUUCACCGAUCUAACUGCGACUCUUCUGAAAGAAAACUGCGGAUCCUAUCGCGUCAAUUCUCAGGUAGCCGGCUAUCAACUCACCGUUGAUCUCCAAUUCAACCCUAUCUUCAGGUCCUUUGAAUCUUGUGGAGUUUGAAUCUCUGUAAAAUUCAAGAUGUCGGGUUCAGGACAGCGCCUCAAUGUCGUGCCAACUGUUACUGUGCUUGGGGUUAUCAAAGCCCGUCUUAUUGGUGCUACAAGAGGCCAUGCUCUGUUAAAGAAGAAGAGUGAUGCUUUGACUGUACAGUUCCGUGCAAUUCUUAAGAAGAUAGUCUCCACGAAGGAAUCUAUGGGGGAUAUUAUGAAAACAUCUGCUUUUUCCUUAACUGAAGCCAAGUAUGUUGCUGGAGAUAAUAUUAAACAUGUUGUCCUUGAGAAUGUCCAAAAUGCAUCUCUUAAGGUUCGUUCUCGCCAAGAAAAUGUUGCUGGGGUGAAACUUCCCAAGUUUGAGUACUUCACAGAGGGAGACACCAAAAAUGAUCUUACUGGAUUGGCUAGAGGUGGCCAGCAAGUGCAGCUGUGCCGCGGUGCCUAUAUAAAAGCCAUUGAGGUUCUUGUUGAACUAGCUUCUCUUCAAACUUCGUUUUUAACACUUGAUGAAGCUAUCAAGACUACUAAUCGUAGGGUGAAUGCCCUUGAAAACGUUGUGAAACCGAGGUUGGAAAACACCAUCAGCUACAUUAAGGGAGAGUUGGAUGAGCUGGAAAGAGAAGACUUUUUCAGAUUGAAGAAGAUUCAGGGUUUCAAGAGGAAGGAGGUUGAGAAACAGCUUGCAGCUGCUAGACUUUUUGCAGAAGAUCAGGUUGUGGAAAAGAUUUCUUUGCAGAGAGGGAUAUCAGUCAAUGCAGCUCAAAAUUUCUUGGCUGCUGAGAAGGACGAAGACAUAAUCUUUUGAUGCAGAGGUUAGUCUAUUCGGUUUUUACCUUACAGCUGUGUGGUUUCAGGUGGUUUGUUUGUAGAAGAAACUUCUCAUUCUUUAGUUGAAGUAGCUUGUAUGUUUCAAAUAAAAGCAUAUGCCGAUUUCUUGUAGAAUCAAUCGGAAUUCGUUUAUUUUUCAAUCAUCCUUUGAAUAACUUUGGGUUCAUAUGCCAUUGUGAAUCAUCCUGAUUUAUUCACCUUGAGAAUUCUACUAUGUAUUUUCUGUUUCUUUCUGGUAAAAAGACGAAAGCUUUGUCAUUGCCUUUGAUCAAGUAUGUCUGAGUUUAUGGA